GGUAGAGAGCGCAUAAGGGAAAGCAUCGAGAGAGCCGUCGUGCGCUCGUCUUCCUCCUCUUGGCCGUCGCCCUCGUCGCUCUCGUACGGGAGCAGCAGCUCAUCAGUACCCGGGGCCGAAGCUCAGCAGCCAUGGAUGGCAAGAAGGAGCAAUUUUAUAUGCCCCCGCCGAAGCUCGACAAAUGGGAAAGUAUACGACUUUUCCUUUACAACUCGGAGACCGGCCAAGUCCUGGGCCGCACCGGUUCCAGUUGGGCCAAGAUCCUCCUGUUCUAUGUGAUCUUCUACAUUGUACUUGCGUGUUUCUUCGGCGGUAUGCUUGCCGUCUUCUACCAGACGCUGGACACGACGCAGCCCAAGUGGCAACUUGAGCGCUCCCUCAUCGGCAAUAACCCUGGUCUGGGGUUCCGGCCGAUGCCACCAGCAAGCAACGUCGAGAGUACCCUCAUCUGGUACAAGGCAAAGGACGAAGGCAAUUAUCGCCACUGGGCCAGAGCACUAGAUAACUUCCUGCAAGCUUACAAUAAAACAGGUAUUGGAGCUGCCAACCAAGAGAAUCGAGUUCACUGCGAUUAUGGCAAGCCUGCACCACCUGGAAAAGUUUGCGAUGUUAUGAUAGGAGAAUGGAAUCCUUGCACAAAGUCAAACUUUUAUAAUUACCAAAACUCUGCUCCAUGCAUCUUCCUAAAGUUAAACAAGAUAUUUGGGUGGAUACCAGCGUAUUACAAUGAUACUUCGAAGUUGCCGCAAGAUAUGCCAAAUGAUUUGAAGAACCACAUCGCUAGUAUGAAGCAACAGAAUCGCGAUACGGUAUGGGUGUCGUGCGAAGGUGAAAAUCCCGCUGAUGUUGAAAAUAUUGGACCUAUUCAGUACAUACCUCGCCGUGGAUUUCCCGGUUUUUAUUUUCCAUUCCAAAAUACACCUGGAUACCUCAGCCCACUUGUAGCCGUAUUCUUUGAGAAACCUAAAUUCGGUGUACUGAUCAACAUCGAGUGCAAGGCCUGGGCUCAUAAUAUUAUUCACGAUCGGGUUGAAAGGCGUGGCUCGGUCCAUUUUGAACUGAUGCUCGAUUAAACAUCUGUCGCACAUCGUCAGCAGUGGAUCACCAGCAGCGGAACGAUUCUCAAAUAAGAAUAGCAUCAAUGUAGCGAUGACCGCCCCCUGUUGACACAAGAACAACAUCAACAACAAUAGCAUAAAAUGAGUUAAACUCGUACCAAGCCCGCAUCUCCAUAUAUGCAAAUCACACACACACACA